AUGACAGUGUUGACACUGUCCGUUGACAUUGAGAUUGUCUAUGAAACACUCGUUGCAGAGGCAACGUUUUCAAAGACUUCUGUUGGUUCACUGUCACUUGAAGAUCCAAAUAAUGACGGACUAGUUAGAGACUGGGAGACCGGAAACGGAACAAUUCAACUUGGAAGUCAAUCAGAAAACUCCCUUGGAAGUGUUGGAAACAGUGAUGACAGGGGUCAAAAGAGACAGAGAGGAAUUACUUACAUCAGUGACACAUCAGAUUCCUCUGGAUCAGAUGACGAAAAUCUGGAUACACCACAUAGAAAUAAAAGAACCAGAAACUCCAACACCACAAAAGAGACAAGCGGAGGAAACGGCGGAGGAGAUCAAGAAAGCGAUCAUGGAAGCAAUGGAAAUCGACUGGAACCUACCAAUGGAGGAGAGAGCAAUAGUAGCGGAACACAACCCGACUUUAUUGAAGGGACUCCCGACGGACCGGACGAAAUGGACGGAAGGCGACUGGAAGAGAGUGAGAUUGAUAAACAAGUGGAAAGUGCAACAUGGUACACCUUCGUCAUCAGAGAAAAACCACAACCAAGAAGACUCUCCGGACGAACACCAAACUUCACCAUUACAGAUCAUGGUGACCACUGGCACAUCACAUACUCCGGACACCCAACCAAUAAGACCAGACAUAGAGCUACAAUCCUCGCCUAUCUGGGAGUUACCUUUGCUGCCAGAGCCGAAGCUGAAGCGACUACGGUACUUGUUAGAGAUAUCAAGAGAUGGAUACUCUAUCUUAUCAGAUACGGUAUUGAACGGCUUUCGUAUUUUGGUCUUGGCCACGCCAUUUUUAAACGAAUCAUCAAAUACUUCCAACGAUACAAAAGAGACGAAGACGCAGUAGACGGACCAUGUCCAUAUAUGACUACUACAAGAGAAGACAGAGCUGAAGAAAAACCUAAAGAAAACAGUGCAGAAUAUGACUACCUCCAACACUUAGUCAAAACCAAAUCUGCAAGAACAGUCCAAGAACUUGUCAAUAAACUUGACGAUGAGGAAUACAAACAGCUAUGGACCCGCACCAGAGGACAAUAUAAAGACAAACUCAGGGGAAUACUAACUUACUACAACAACAAGAAAAAGUCGAACCAAAGCCAACUGUCACUCAUUACAAACCUGCAAAAUAUAUCAAAAAGGAAACCAGACUACGACAACAUGCAGUGGAUAAAGUACAUGUUAGCCAACAACGACAUCCGUGUACCAGAAAUCUUAGCAUGCAGUGAAAAGGANUAUAUUUGA